CUGUGUUGCUGAAGGCAGCAGACCCGUCAUAUCUCUCCCGUUAAAUUUCUGUCAUAUUCCUGGAAGACUGGAACAUAGACUGACCACCGAACUAACGACUCGCAGCCGGACAAGACUUUUAAACAGGAAUUAAUAUUGAUUUUAACAGUUUAGUCUAUAAUAAUGACCAAAGAAGAUGAAAUUCCUGACUGGGUUGGAGCACAGGACUUCUAUGAGAAGUAUGAUCCAAAGGAGAUCCUUGGAAGAGGGGUAAGCAGUGUGGUCCGACGUUGUAUCCAUAAGAGCACCACCCAGGAAUACGCGGUGAAGAUCAUAGACAUCACUCCAUCAGAUAAAAUGAGUCCAGAGGAGAUUGAGGAGAUCAGAAAUGCCACCUUAAAGGAGAUUGAUAUACUCAAGAAAGUGUGUGGACAAGAAAACAUCAUUCAGUUGAAGGAUUGCUUUGAAACUAAAGCUUUCUUCUUCUUGGUGUUUGACUUGAUGAGAAGAGGAGAGCUUUUUGAUUACCUAACUGAAAAGGUGACACUCAGUGAAAAAGAGACUAGGAAGAUUAUGCGGGCCCUGUUGGAGGUAGUUCAGUUCCUUCACUCUCAGAACAUUGUGCACAGGGAUCUAAAGCCAGAGAACAUCCUGUUGGAUGACAAUAUGAGCAUCAAACUCACUGAUUUCGGCUUUGCUGUGCAGAUUGCCCCAGGACAAAAACUUAAUGAGGUAUGUGGAACACCUGGUUAUCUAGCUCCAGAGAUUAUUGAAUGCUCUAUGGAUCCACAUCACCAAGGUUAUGGGACUGCAGUUGAUCUCUGGAGUACAGGGGUGAUCAUGUACACCCUACUUGCAGGUUCUCCUCCCUUCUGGCACAGGAAGCAGAUGCUAAUGCUACGCAUGAUCCUGGCAGGAAACUACCAGUUCACAUCUCCAGAGUGGGACGAUCGCUCAGACACUGUCAAAGACCUGAUCUCCAGGUUAUUGGUGGUGAAUCCUGAGAAGCGUUACACUGCCACUGAUGCCUUAAACCACCCUUUCUUCCAACAAUAUGUGGUCGCUGAGGUGCGGCAUUUUAGCCCGUACAGGAAAUUCAAGGUAAUCUGUAUGACAGUUCUGGCUACAAUGCGUAUUUACUGCAACUAUCGACGUGCCAAGCCAGUUACCAAGGACGUGAUCAAAAGUGACCCCUAUGCAGUGAAACCUAUUCGCAAGCUCAUUGAUGCCUGUGCUUUCAAGAUUUAUGGACACUGGGUAAAGAAGGGUCAGACACAGAACAGAGCUGCCCUGUUUGAGAACAGUCCAAAAGCUAUCUUGCUUUCCCUUGCUGCAGAAACUGACGACUCAUCUUUCCGAAUGAUGUAAUGAAAAUCAAGCACACUACUGAAAACUAUACAGGACAAUGUGUUCAUGAAAAACUCAUGUGGAUUGCAUAGUUUAACAUUAAAAUACCUCAUGACAUUGUGAGAUGUUUUAACUUGUGAGGAAAUAUGUACUUUUUUUUAAUUAACUUGCUAUUAAAUUUUCAUUCAUUUCAGCAUUCAUUUCAGAGUGGCAUCAUUAGCUUGCAGUGUUUAAUGUGGUUAUUGAGAGCCUGUGUUUUACAAUGAAAAAAUGUCUGUGCAUUAAACUUAAUUAUUACACGGCUGUCUUGAAUACUCGAUUCUGAUUGGUCAAUGGCUCCAUCUAGCGGUUUGUUAUUACUCUGUAACCACUGCAGCUCAUAAAAUAAU